AUGGCGUCGCACACGGGCGGCGGCGGAUACGGCGGCGGACACGACAGGCUCGGCACCGCGGUCCACGCGGGCCGCCAGGUCCGCGAUAAGUCCUUCCACCUGAACGAGAUCCGCAAGAAGAAUCGCGCGGUGCAGCUCGAGAUUGAACGACUCGACGCCGAGGCGCAAACGCGAAGGCUGGGCACCUCGCAGUUCGACGCCAUCGAGCGCAAGUACGACCAGCUCCGCGCCGAGGUGGCGCAUCUCCAGGGUGCGCUGACGGACCAGAACGUGGUGCUCGACGCGUGCGUCAACGCCGUGGACGGCGCCGCGCAGGUGGAGGCGCUCCGAGCGAAACGAUCGGCGCUCGCCACCGCCAACGCCGACGAGCGACGCGCGCUAAACGAGGCGUUCGAACGCCGGGUCACCCUCGAGAGCGGGCUGAAGGAGGCGGAGGCGCAGCUCGAGCGGCUGCAGCGGGACGUGCGUUCGAAGGUUGACGCGCUCCCGGGUGGCAAACGUGCCGAGUACGAAACGCUGGAACUCGAAAACGAGCGGCUCACGCGGAGAGAGGCGGAGGCGGAGGCGGAGAUCGAGAAGGCCACCGCGGAGCUCCAGGAGACGGAGCGCGCGCUCGGCGGCGACCAGGUCAAGCAGCGCGCGCUCGCGCUGCGGGAUAAGACGCGAGAUCUGACGGAGCGGCGAGCGGCGCUGCGAGAGGAAAAAGAGGCGUUGGCGCUGUCGCCCGAGGAGCAGCGCGAGCGGCUCAAGGAACAGAUCCGUUUAGACAAGGAGACGACGGCGCGGGCGGAGCAGGACAUCGUCGACCUGCAGCGCGCGAUCCACGCGGGGGAAUCGAAGCUCGCGGGCGCGAGGCACGAGCUGAACGAGCGCGACGGCGGCGGGUCCGUCGAGUCGAUGGACCGAGCCGAUAAGCUGGAGAAACUGUUAGCGCAGGAGCGGGAGCUGACGGAGUUCAUCGACAACUUCGAGCCCGCGCGGGCGAGGGCGUUGAACGACGCGGACGCCAGGCGCGUCGCCAUCGUCGCCGCCAUGGAGCGCACGGCUCGACACCUCUCGCUCAAGGGGAACGUCCCGAAUCAGCGCCGGUUCAAGGAACUCGAGCGGGAGCUCGCGUAUAAGCAGACGCAGGUUGCCAACGCGGAGCACACCAACGAGCGGCUGCGUACGGAGAAGCUCGAGCGGCAGAACGAGCUGGCGAAGAUCGACGAGCUCGAGGAUAAGAUCGCGACGGAGCUGGAGGGUUUGCGGGGACGGAUGAGCGCGAUGGAGAAGGACGUCGAGCGGUUCGGCGACUUCCCGAAGCUCGCGACGGAGGCUGACGAGACGAGGGCUCGGCUCACGCGCGAGCUCGCCAGCUUCGGCGCGCGUAAAGAUGCGCUCCGGUCGAUCGUGAACAAGCGAUCGCUGGCGCACGAGCGCAGACGACGCGAGACGCAGAGCGGCGACGCGUACAAGAACCUGGAGCGAAUGGAGGUUAAGAUUCGCACCGCGGAGGCUGGCGUGUACGCGGCUGGGGAAUACAUCAAGGGCAAGGAGUCGGAGACGGACCACGGCGCGUUGAGACGGAACCUGGACGAGGUGUGGGAGGCGCUCAACUCGGAGCUGCAGAAGCGAGCGAUGUACACGUGAUUGUAGUCUAUCGACGGCGACAUCGGCGGCUAUAAAUUAAGUUUAUUCCGCUCGACAUCCAUCGUCUGAUCGUGCCGCGG